UGCUUAUAGUCCUCUAUUUAGUCUUAGAAAUACCGAUUCUAGCUUCUUUUUUUCUCAGUGUUCCCUUCGUCUGUUUCGUGCAGUUUUGGCAUUUUGCUGCCGUUCUGGCUUUCCCGCUGUUGUUGUUGUUGCCGCCUAACGAUUUUUCCCGCAAACAACACGGCGGACUGAAACGUGUCAGGCCGAAGGAAAAGCCAAAAUGAAAAGCCCAAAGGGCGGCGAGAGAAGCGAGAGAACAUUAACAGCAAGGUGGCCGUAAAUCGCGAAUCGUAAACAGUUUUUGGGCUCUGCGGGGAGCCAGCUGAAAGUACAAGUCAGCCUGGUUUAUCGGAAUCGUUUUUGAUUUCCUGCCUUUGGCCUGUUUUCCGUGUUCCGUAGUCCAUUUUCCGUACUCUGCCUCUGCCUGUGCCUCUGCCUCUGCCUCUACCUCUGCUUCUUGCCACUUCCAUUCGCUUUUGGGGGUUUUCCAGCUCGCUUGGUUUCGGUUUCAAUUUCAGUCAGUCAGCUGCUGCUUUUCACGUGGCACGUGUCGUAUGAGUAAUAUUCUUUUCGGGGCUCCUUAUCCCUUGCAGUCGCCACUCCACUCAGAACACAACAAUAUUGAAAGACUGUUUAAUUGAUAUAUCAACUGACACAAAUUAAUAAAGUGCUUAAAUCAAUCGCAAUUGCAAAGUGUUCAAAAUUGUUAAGCCUAGUAUACCCAAAAUACACACAUAAUCGAAGAGAACAUUGAAAAUUUGGCCCCAAAAUCGAUUCACCGAAAUCGCAUUCUAAAUGUUCGACUGGAUUGAAUUUGACAAAGAAGCGUAGACGAAAUACGAAUGAAAAUUAGAUGCAAAAUAAAUGGGUAAAAUGAGGUCAAGUAAAUACGAUGUUACCACAGCUUACGGUCUAUGCCAAGAUUAUUUACCUCCUGAUGGUGGUGAUUUCAGGUGCAUUAUGUACAGUAGAAGAUUACGUAAUAAUGUCACAGUGUGCACACAACAAAGCCAUAUACCUAGCUGCGGAAGGAACAGUCUCAGUGACGGACACUUCACAGAUACAAAAUAUAACGAUAGUCGGCUUCCCGGAUUAUCUGAACAACGAAUUCAAAAUAGCACUGCACGCAAAAGAAACUCAAAGAUAUUUGUGUUUCAACGACAAUUGGAGAUUAGUUGGCAUGAGGGAACUGCGAGAUACCUGCUACUUCAACGAGACCAUCGUGCACGGUUAUUUCGUGUUCCGUUCCGUUGUCGAUCUGCAGCGACGUGUCGGGUUCACGCACCGAGGUAAGCCUGUGGGGCCCAAGAAGAGCGUCAACGAUGCCUGCUACAUGUUUAACAAGAUCGAUGCCGAGCAGUUCUACCGCCAUCACCACAACAGCAACAACAACAACAACAACAACGACAAUGGCAACGACAACAGUGGCAGUGGCAGUGGCAGUGGCAGUGGCAAUGGCAGUGGCAGCAACAGCAACAUUCGGAAGCCCCCGCGCAACAACAAAAACAAUCGCCACAAAUCGAAUAACCAAAAUCAAAAGUUGCAACAGCAACAGGAGCAUCAUGGCCAUAAUAAUAAUAAUAAUAAAGUUAUUCUUAAUAAUAGUAGUACUAGUUUAAGUAGCACUAACAAAAAGCAAUUAGCGAUAAACCGGCAGAAGCAGCAGCAGCAGCAACAACAGCAGCAGAAGCAGCAGCAACACCAGGUGCGACAUCAUCACAAUGAUCCAUCGCUGCUGCUGCGACGACAGCAACACGAGAAGAAGCAGAAGCGACGCAAGCAACAGAAGCAACAGCAGCAGCAACAACAACGAGUAUCAGCUAGUCCAACGAAGCGAAUGUCUGCCACAACAACAGCAACUAUUGCAGCCACAUCCCCGGCAACAGCAACAGCAACAUCCACAGUAGCAGCAGCAGCAGCAACAGCAUCGCUGACCACAGCAACACAAUUGUCAACAACAGCAACACUGAGCAGCAGGCGCAAGGGCAGGCGAAGAAAGGGCAAGGUCAGGCCGAAGGCACAGCAGCAACAGCAGUUGCAGCUGCUUGCCACAGCAGCAACAUUGCCGUACACCGACGACACCCUCUACGGCAGCAGCAGCAGCACGGGCUUUGAGGACUUGGAGCCCUACAACAGCAGCAGCAGCAGUUCCAGUUUGGAGCCCUGGUCCACCUGGUCCACGAUCGAUAGCUUUAGCGGCAGCGGCAGCAGCACAACAGCAACAUCUGAAGACAGUAUUAGCAGCAGCAGCAGCAGCAGCAACUACGACGCCUGGGCCACCUACAUCACCGAAUUGGAGGCCGAGGCUUCGGCCCAGACGCCCGAGAUGGGCGGCAACGAGACCGAGUUGCUGCAGUACGAGCCCGAGUUGGUGGACGAUUCGUAUUCGGAGGCGGAAUCCACAGCAGCAAUCGAAACCAAAGCAACAUCAGCAGUAGCGGCAACAGCGGCCACAACUACCUCGACGGCGGGAUCGCAGCUGGUGAUCGAGCAGACGCCGCUGGCCAGGAGCAACACCAGCAACAUGAGCAACACAAACAACAUGAGCAGCAGCAGCACGCGGGCAACACCAACGGCAACCAGUCAGACUGAAAAAAUGCAGAGCACGCAACAGCCAAGCAGGCGUCGCAGCAACAGCAGGGAAAAUCCCCCGGAAAACUCGGGCAAUUCCAAGAUGUUGCUGGCGGGCGAGAAUGAGGUGAAGCCACAGCAGCCACGCAAGUUGCUCUGGACCCUGCAGCCGCCGCUUGCAACACGUGGCAGCACGCGAGCAACUUCGUUGGCAACUCCCAAGCAGCAGCAGCUACCCAGCACUCCUGCAACAGCUGCAACAGCACCCCAGCAACAUGUUGCUCCUUCGCUCUUCAGCGUGGACAAGAACAUCAACAGCAACCUGAACAACACGCUGACGGAGGCAUCGCCAACGGCAGCGACAACAUCCAGCAUUACGGCGGCAACAACCAUGAAGAAGCCCGUGCGGAAGUUCACCCGGAAGCUGAUGGCCACGCCCUACCACCAGCUGACCUACGUGCGGAAUGCGGGCGGGGACAUCGACAUCGACAACCUGGACAACAUCAGCGUGUAUCCCGUGGUGUACGAUGGCGACCUGGAGGGGAAUGGCGGCACCAACAGCUCCGACGGCGGCUUCAGCGGCUUCCUGCCCACCUCGACCACUUCCCAUCUGACGGAACCCAUUCGCAUCGGCAUGAACAGGAUCAGGCCGAACAAGACACUGCACUGGUUCACUCACCAGAGAUUCGCGUAGUAGUUAGGGACUAGCAAUAUUUGGCUAAUAGCUCUUUGAUUGCAAUUCUACUAUCGGUUUCACUUCCAUAGAUAGAAAAAUUCUUUCUUAUUACUUUUCCAAACCAAAUUUAAGAAAUCCGAAAUGGAGAACAGAAGCUUAAACAAAAAGUAAACUUUUCAAUUCAAAUUCAAAGCAAUAUCUGUGAAAGUGAAAUCCAAAGCAGAACUGCUAAAGAGAGGCAUACCUAUACUCAGUACUCAGUUUUCAAAUGAAUUUAGGCAAAAAUAAAUGAAGAAGAAACACACUUAUGGAUAAAUAUUUCAAAUUUAUAAUGAACUGAUACAUAUAUAUAAACAUAUAUAGAACUCGAUAUACAAAGGAGUUGCUUACUGUUCAGUACCUCGACUCAGACAGGACUUUGCACUUGCACCACGCCUAAAAGCACACUGCACACAAGCGAAACCGGAAGCGGAAGCGGCGGCGGGCGCAGAACCGAUAACGAUAACUCAGGCCGCACUUCAUCCAGUAGCGAGUACAGUGAAGACUCCACCAACUGCACUCGGGAGGCCGCAGUCAACGAACUCGCAGAACUGCUACAUAGUUAUAAAUGAAAAGACAAUAAGAUUUUUAUUUACGAGUAUGUGCUAUAUAAACUAACAAAGAAAAAAAACAAAUGAUGAACCGAAGCGAUAGCGAUAAUCGAAAACAAAAUGCUAAAUUGUUGAAAUGGAAAUUAUGAAAGCGCGACAUUCAAGUGCAAGCAAAUAAACGUUUCGAAUGCACUGAAAAAGCGUAGCAAACUUUUGAUUUACUAAAUCAAUUAAAUAUAUUAGCAAUGAGAAUUAAUAAAUACAAAUGCAAACAAAAAUCGAUAUAUAUUAUAUACAUAUAUGCAUAUAUUUUCAAAAUUUUAUAACGAACCAAAAACCAAUUAGCAAACAAAUUUAAAAAAUCGAACGGGAAACGAAUGAAGAAGUUUUUUAAAUUCAUACGCAAGCAGAACUAAGAGUCGGUAACGAUAACGAUAACGAUUACGAUAACGAUAACGGUAACAAAUUCGCACAGCAAAACACUUCCAAAAAAGAAAAGGUAAAAACUAAAUAUUAAACAAUUUUACUAGGCACAAGCGAUCGAAAUUGGGCUAGAUGAACGAAAAAGAAGAACUCCAUUCAAAAUAAACCGAAUUUUUUAAGCAAAUACAAAGAGUUGUUGAAGUGGUCAGCAUGGAAAAUUGAUUUUAGGGCACAGAUUGCGGGCAAUAUCCAAAUUGGAGGGCGGAUGGAAACAAAUUUUGAGCAAUGGAAAAUUUUAAAGAACUACUAACGUAUGUAUCCGGAUAUGUACUGCAACCAAACACCAAAAUUCACACUGAAUAAGCAACGUUAUAUUCAUUAAUUGAACAAUUGAACAACUAAGAAACUAAAACUACAAAUUGAAUCAAAAUACAGCAAAAAGAAACCAACUGCUGCUUUUCUACAUACGAAUAUAUAUAUAUAGACACAUAUAGGCAUAUGUGAACGAACAUGGAAAAAGAUAUGCAAAAAUUGUUUCUCAUAUAUUUAUAUUAAUAUUUAAAAUAAAUAGUUCAAACAUAUUAGCAAACCAAAUAUGCGAAAUUAAAACAAUUUGAAGGGAAAUGCGUAAACACAAAAACCGAAAACUGAAGCGUCAAGUUUAUAUGUAGAGAUAUGUAUGAAUGUAAAUUUAAAGUGAACAAAGAAAACCCAAACAAAAAGAAGUUAAAGCAAGAUGCUUAGGUGAAAAUUUAAUUAGUGUGUACUUAAGACAAGAAACCAUUUAACAAUUGAACGAUUAAUUAUUAACUUAACUAGGCAUUGAAGCAGCACUCAACUAAAUAAAAACCGAAAACGAAACCGAAACCGAAACCGAAUCGAAUCCGGAACACAGACACACAACUUGAAUUGAACUACUGUACUUAUACGUAUGCGCGUUGCUGUAAUAUAAACAAAAUUCUUAUGUUGAAUCGACGGCGAAGAGGGAACUCGAUUAACCGAUGACUAUAUCUACCACAGCAGAAACUAUUUAUUUAAACCUAUAUCGAACCGAAUCAAAUCGAAACGAAUCGCGUCGAUUGGAGUGGAGCGGGGACCGAUUGUCAUUUGUCAUUUGUAAAUUCAUUUGCACUUUUCUUUCUACUAAUUACGUUUAAUUAACUACUUAAUCAUACGCCUAAGUUAACACUUCUACCAUUGUACAUUGUAAUAUGUUUUAAUCCUAAGCCGAGCAUUAAAUGUAAUUAUUUAUGUAUAAAAGCAAAAUGAUUCUUUCGCCCAUGUAUAACACCUGCGCCACCCCCACUCUCAUCCACUUUCUCCCAAGUCUGUCUCCCCAACUCCCCAACUCUAUUAAUCUCUAUCUUAUAUAUACGACUAUAUAAACGACUAUUUAAUUGCAUUUCUUUGUAUUAAAACGAGUAACAACACACUAGAAAUUGAAUAAAAAGCCUCAACAAAAUAUUCAACACUUUUCAUUUCUCGUUUAAGUUUGCUUCAUUUUCAAAACUAUUCUCAAAAUGCUCAGUUGUUUCCUUUUUGUUGGUUUACGAAUGUGUGCGGAGAAAUCGUAUAAAUAAAAAAUAUAUAUAAAUUCAAA